AUGGCAAGGAAUUGGCCGUUUCCAAGAGCGAAAAUAGAAAAUUAUGUGGAAACCAUCUCAAGAUAUACAGACGAAGUAUUUCGCAGACUAUUUCGUCUAUCAAGGGACACUUUUCAUAUAUUUGUUAGUUUCAUCAAGGAAUGUAUAACAGAGAAAGAAAAUAUGGGAGGACUUGAACCCAUCAUAAUUGAAGAACAGUUGUAUAUUACAUUGUGGUACCUCGGUGAGAAUGACACUAUACAGAAAAUUGCAGACAGAUUUGGUGUGGGUGAAGCCACUGUUACACAAUGUCGUAACAAAAUCCUGAAGAUUGUGCUGAAAAACUUAAAAAAGAAAUUUGUUGUAUGGCCUACUCAUGAGGAAAUGCUUGAAGAGGAGAACCUAUUUGCUGCUCGUAAUGGAUUCCCUGAUAUUGUCGGAGCUUUAGAUGGAACUCGCAUCCCUAUCUCAAAACCAAGAGAUCACCCUCAGACGUACGUAAAUCGCAAAGGUUUCCAUUCCAUUCAGCUUCAGGCAAUAUGUAGACAUAAUAUGCGAUUUAGCCAUCUCUAUGUCGGGUAUCCUGGAAGUGUGCAUGAUGCCAGGGUACUAAGAAAUUUAUAUCUGUGGGAUGUUGGAUUACAACGUUGUAAUAUGCAGCAUCAUGUCUUGGCAGAUGGGGCUUAUCCCUUACGAAGAUGGCUACUGACUCCUUUUCGAAACAAUGGCCACCUAACCCUCAGGGAAAAGAAGUACAAUAAAUAUCACUUCGAUUAG